AUGACAACUUAGCAACAUAUAAUCAAACAAAAAGGGGAUUUAAAUAUUAAGUAAACACCCCACGAGGCUCUUCAGGAAGUAGGCACAGAAAGAAUCAAGUAGAUAAAUAGUACUACUGUAUGGUCAAUCCAAUAUCCCCUAUACAGUAAAGAUCCUUGUAUAUCUACAGCACAACCGACCUCUUGCCUCUGAUCGUACGACGACGCAUUGCCUAAAACUACACAUGGAAACCGAGCAGUCAACGCCCGCGCUGGAGGGCGAACUUUCGAAGAAGGAUGCUCAAGUACAAGAUAUAACAAAAGAGUCCGACUCCUCGUCCCACACAUCGACGGCGGUAGAAGAGUUGGCCGAAAAGAAGCAACCUGAAGUCACCACAUCGCCGCCUCAGUCUCAAGAGCCCAAGGAGGGCGAGGCCUUGAAUGACUACCUCACGGGUUUCAACUUGUUUGCUCUGCUCUUCAGCACAGGACUGACAUUCUUUACGUUGCUGCUAGACAACUCCAUCAUCAGCACGGCCGUCCCGAAGAUCACAAGUGAAUUCCAUAGCCUACCUGAUGUAGGAUGGUAUGCGGGCGCAUAUCAACUUACCAGUGCGGUAUUGCAGCCACUGACGGGAAAGCUGUACACGUUUUUCCCGACGAAGUGGACAUUCCUCGUCUUCUUCUUUGUCUUCGAGAUCGGAUCGCUGCUUUGUGCCCUAGCCACGUCGUCGCCUUUCUUCAUCGUUGGCCGUGCUGUCGCCGGGCUCGGUGUCUCCGGCUUGCAGAAUGGAUCUUUAAGUAUUGUUGCUGGUGCAGUCCCCCUUGAGAAGAGAGCGUUUUAUCUUGGCAUAUUGAUUGGAACUGGCCAGCUGGGCUUAGUCAUUGGCCCAUUAAUAGGUGGCUUGUUCACGGAAUAUGUGUCUUGGCGCUGGUGCUUCUGGAUCAACCUCCCGAUCGGCGCCAUCUCAGGGGUGCUUCUUGCGUUGAUACGAUGUCCAGAGCAACUCCACAAGGAGCCCUUUUCGCUUGCUCUUGUCCGACGUGUCCUUCCACAGCUCGAUUCUAUCGGCUUCAUCUUAUUCGCGCCAGCAGCCACGUUAUUGCUGCUAGCCCUCCAAUUUGGCUCCGGGGAGACGUAUGCGUGGGAUUCUAGUGUCGUCAUUGGGUUGUUUGUAGGCUCCGGCGUCUCAGCCAUCUUCUUCCUGGUGUGGGAGUGGAAAGCGGGCGACGUGGCUAUCAUCCCCUUUUCGAUGGUUAAGACUAGAAUCGUGUGGACGAGCACUGUGCAAUAUGUCUCGCUGAUCGCGGCCAUCUUCGUUGGCACCCAAUUCUUUCCGAUCUAUUUCCAAGCUGUCAAGGGCGUAGGACCUGUGCUAAGCGGCGUUUACCUGCUUCCAAGCAUCCUGUCGCAGAUUGUCUUCGUCGUCUUCUCCGGAGGUUUGAUCUCCAAAGUCGGUUACUAUCUUCCUUUUGCCAUAUUAGCUGGCGUCGGGGCUACUGUAGCAGCCGGAUUAAUCUCGACCUGGGAUGCAAAUACUUCUACCGGCAUGUGGAUUGGUUACCAAAUAGUUUACGGCAUCAGAGGAUGUGGCAUACAGCUCGCCGUAGUGGCGAUUCAGAAUGCGCUGCCGGCAAAGCAGAGCCAACUCGGCAUCUCCUUCCUUGUAUUUGCCCAGACUUUCUCAGCCGCUGUUUUGGUUGUGGUUGGAAACACCGUCUUCACGCAGACAUUGAUCAGCGAAACUCUUAGGCUCGUGCCCUCCAUCAGCCCAGCCGAGGUUCUACAAGCAGGCGGAAGUGCAGAAGCUAUACGAAAGCUAGCUCUUCCCGGGACGCCAGAACUCGCGGCGCUAUUGCAAGCCUUCUCGAAUUCUUUCGAUACUGUUUGCUAUCUCAUGGUUGCACUGGCUGGCAUAAGCAUUUUGGCCUCUUUCGGAAUGGGAUGGGUCGAUGUACGAAAGACAAAACCAGAGGCAAAGACCGAGGCUCCGGUCGAAGUAUAGAUAUGUGUUUUACAGAGGUAUAUAAUUUCUUUUUCAUUUUUAUUUAUUUAUCUAAAUUCGUUAGAAGGAUUAUGCAUCCAUUAGACGGCUGAUAGAUUCUUGCGACUUUGCACAUUGUUCAAGAAGGAUUCGGCGCAUUGAGGGUUUGGAUUCACAUGGGCGGUUGAACCUCUUUUACCUGGUGCAGUGUAUUAGAUAGAUACAAGUGCCUACAUAGACAACCCAUAUAUUUUACAUGUAACAAUAAUAAUAUCAUAACAAUAGCCAUGAUAGGUAGCAAUUAAUGAUUGACUUUCUCCUAGCUGUAUUAAAACUCAGUUACCUACUCUGAUUCCAAUGGCUUUGCUCCUAGUUGGCAAGGCAGUUGAGUUGAUUGUGGCCAUGCAAGUACAUGUACAUCUACCUAGGUAGGUACGGUAGUACAGUCCCACACCACUCUCCACGCCCCACUACUCAGCCCCAGAACAGGGCAAUCAAUCAGAGCUGUUGAGCCACAAUGCCUACUUAGGUACCUAGGUAGGUACCUAUUCAGC